AUGAUCAAGACCUCGAAGGAUAUUGACGAAGGGGUGCAUAGAAUGGAACAUGUGAGAUUGUACGCCAGUAACACCGUCAAAAAGUUUAAAGCAGACGUAACACCAAAGGAUUUCUCCAAACUUGGCAUGCUAGGACGAGGAGAUGUGGGAAAAGUGUACCUCGUCCGUAAGAAAGAGAACUCACGUCUGUUGGCAAUGAAAGUUUUAUCCAAGCAAGACAUGAUCAAGCGAAAAAAAGUAGAUCGAGUGCUGAUGGAGCAGAGGAUACUAUUGAAGAUGAACCACCCUUUCCUAGUUACACUUCACUAUACAUUUCAAACCAGCACGCAUCUUUAUUUCUGCAUGGAAUACUGCCCAGGUGGCGAAUUCUUCAAAGCACUUCAAUCACAGCCUGGAAAGUGUCUUUCUGAAGCAGAUGCACGCUUCUACACGGCAGAAGUCAUUUUAGCGCUCGAAUAUUUGCAUUUAAUGGGCUUUAUUUACAGAGACUUGAAACCAGAAAAUGUUCUUUUACGGGAAUCUGGACACAUCGUUUUGAGCGACUUUGAUCUAGCGAAGAAUGAUGUUUUUGGAUAUCCAACGUUACAAAAAGGCACGCAGCGAGGAAAGCAUCCCCGCCUGAACACGCGCUCUUGUGUUCAAACAUUGCGCACGAACUCUUUUGUCGGGACGGAGGAAUACAUUGCGCCUGAAAUAGUCGUAGGUCAAUACCAUGAUAGUUCCGUGGAUUGGUGGACACUGGGUAUAUUUGUGUACGAGAUGCUGUAUGCAACUACUCCUUUCAAAGGCAGUUCUAGAAACAAAACAUUUCAUAAUAUACUCAUGUUGCCGCUGUCGCUUCCACCAACCACCGUCAGUACAUCAAAAGGCUAUUUCCAAUCCCAACCUCGAAUGAUUUCCGGCCAAUGUAAAUCGUUCCUGGGCGGAUUGCUAACCAAGGAUCCAAGACGUAGACUAGGGCAUCGGACGGGAGCGGGAGAUGUUCGAGCACACAAAUGGUUCCGUGACAUCAAUUUUGCCCUACUUAGAAAUACAAAGCCGCCACUCCAGCCUAAAUGCUGUGAUUAUGCAAUUCACACGCCGACUAGUAGCUUUGAAUGCAGUCUUCCACUUUACGACAAAGAAGCUCGGAUCCCUCCUGACGAGGCGGACCCGUUUGACAAAUUUUGCUCCGUAACCAUUCACUGGAACUAAAAGUUCAAGACGUUCGCUAUGAACAUGGGUCUCAAUAAAAUUGUAUACUUCUAGCACAUCGCUUCCAAGUGACUCACACUGUGGCUUGCUGUCCAGUUUUUUCGGCAGCUGCGGUGACCGGGAUCGAGUGAUGAAAUUUUUU